AGCGGGUCGUAAUUUGCACUGUUUUCGUUCACGGGCCGCAAAAGGUGGAAAAAUCUUUGCUCCGAAUGGCUCGAAUGGCCAUCGCUCGCUUAUUUCAUCCCGGUACGCGAUAGUGUCCCGCACGCAGGAGGUUUUUACUUGUGGAGUUUAUUUUCCCCAACAAGCUGUACACAUCUACCCAGCUGUCCUAGUGAUUCAGGUUUACCAUUGGUUCUCUGCUACGAAGCAGUAAAACAGCGACAUAAUCUUCUCUAGUCGCAAGAAAAGAGCGAAAGUAAAUAAGGGCACUAGGAAAUCAUGAACGCGUGAAAAAUUGCACAGACGUUGCCCAAAAGUGAGCGGAAAAUGUUGUGAUGCCAGGGAAUGUGCAUUUGUUUACGACAGUAGACUAAAAGCGUGUGUGGCCGGCCGUGGUGCGUUCUAACACCGCCGAUAGUAGUAAAUAUCCAAGUGGAAAGCUUCUCCACACGCUUUGCACGCCAACCGCUGCGACGGUUAAUGCGUCCCGGUGACGUUUUUUAAUUACUAAUUGCAGAAGCGCGGGCUAGUGAGGAAACAGCGAAACGAUGGGAAACUCAAGUACAAAGCUGGCAGAAAAAUGUUCCCUGCUGGCGAAGAGCGAAGUGCCCGUGGUGGCAAGCUCCUUUAAGCUAGUCAGCAAAAACUCGGAACGCAUCAAGGAAGAUGAUCUCAUGAAAUUCUGGGGCUCACAGAUGGAUCCCCGGUUGGCGCAGUACAUCACCAACUUCCUGUUCGGACCGCUCGGUGCCCGGUCGCCGGUGGUCGAGUUUCAGCGGUUCGCCGAACUGUAUGUUUAUUGUGUCCGCGGCACUAUAGAUGAACGUAUCAAUGUGCUGCUGUGCAGUCUCGGGCAGCAGCCCGAAUCGGAAUCGACCGAAAUUGCGUAUCCGCUUAUCAAGGAGUACGUGGAAGCGGUCGUCAGCAGCUAUAUGCGAGCUAUCCGACUGGAAGGUGGCCCACAGUACAAGUCUUGGGAAUCGCGAGGUUUCCGCAUCGUUAAGGAUUGCAUCCAGAAGCUGGCGGAAAGUUUAGCGUACGAUGUGGUGCAACAGGGCACGCAGAAGGUUACCCGAGCCGAUGCCGAACGAUGGUUACAUAAAAAUCCUACCUUUCUUAAGAUGCUGGAACACGUGUUCUCCCAUCUGUACCACUAUCGCAACGUGAAGAACGCCUCGGAGACGGAUGGAAACGCACGGAAAAGCAUCAUCCCACAGGAAGCACUCCAAUCCAUGUUGCCCUACUGCGAGGGUCUCCAGUAUGUGCCGGACUAUCCGGCUUUUACCGAUUUGUCGCAGAUGCUGUUUAUCAACUCGAAUCUGCCCGGAACACAGCAGAACAAGUGGCGCUUUCUAUUUUCAUCGCAAAUCCACGGUGAAAGUUUUUCCACCCUACUAGGUCGUAUUAUGGACCAGGGACCGACGGUAGUAAUCGUGGAGGACGCGAAUGGAUACAUCUUCGGUGGGUAUGCGACGGACUCGUGGGCACUCAGUCCCAACUAUGUCGGCAACGAAAACUCGUUUCUCUUUACGCUGCGGCCCAAAAUGCGAUGCUUUUCAAGCACCGGCUAUAAUGACCAUUACCAGUAUCUGAAUUUGCACCAGCAAACCAUGCCGAAUGGAAUGGGUAUGGGAGGUCAGCACAACUAUUGGGGCAUGUGGCUGGACAGCGAGUACGGUCUCGGGGAGUGUUCCGAGUCCUGCACAACGUACAAAGGAUAUUUUCAACUGAGCGCAACAAAGAAAUUCAACAUACGCAAUGUGGAAGUUUGGGGUGUUGGUGAUAAACCCGUGAAGGAAGAUGAAGGGGAGGAUGAAAAGUCGGGCGCACGGUCGGUGCUGGAUGGUAAUGCAGACAGUAAGGCAAUCCUGAAAAUGAGCGGCCGGGAGCAGUACUCGGACGGGUACCGGGAGGAGCCGAAAGACUAAGGGUUGCGAAAACACGCCAGAAAGCAAAAGUGUUUCGUGCUGGGUCGCUCGAUGGAAAUCAACUUGGUGGAUGUAACGGAUACGUUCAAUUUUAACUUUCUGUAAUCGUGUUCAAAUUCGGUACACAUCUUGACCGAUGGCCGUGGCUGCCUAAAGUCAGGGAAAAAUGUGCAAUGCAAACAAACGGCAUUUGUCGUGGACGUGUCAUGCUCUGGGACAAAGUACGGGCCAAAAAGUUGCCGCGUAUGAAGUAUGUAGCGUUUUAAGAACCAAAGUCUGAAUAGUUUUCUUAAACGGGUUUACCAUUGUAACUGUUUUUGUGUUUUGAUGCUCCCUUCAUCACGUUGGGGAAGAAUUUAUUUGAUUUAUUAACGAUAAACAUAAAACAAGAUAACACCAACUUGCACCAAGAAACCAUCCGUACACCCGCACUAUAAUCACGAGACUCUUCAUCUGGCGUGAGGACAACACUAACUUGUUAGAUACUGUUUUGAUUUGAGCUUUUAGGCGUUACACGUUUUACUCGACUGUGGGUUUGUUUAGAUCGAAACAAAGCAAACAAGCACAACACAUAAAUUAUUUCCCUUUGCACAGCAAAAAUAGCGCUGAUGAUAUCAAGUAGCAGUAUCCAAGAUACGCAGUAAGAUAAGUUUUACAGGAACAUUUUGAUUGAACUACAAGCAAUGUAAAUUCGCAAAGAUAGCGGAAACCGCUCCUGGCGAGGAAAUUAAAGUAGCGUAGUAGCAUAGUGUCAGGAAAAUUUUGUUUUCUAUCUCUCUCUCUCUCUCUACCUUUCAACUUUAAGAAAGCCUGGCCAUUAGACGUGCAAUGAACUAACGGUGAAUAAUUUAAAAUAUCAUUUCCAACUCCUCAGUAGAAAACGGUAUGACGUUUGUACAGUUAAUUUAGCUUAGUAAUGUGCCCUGAAUCCGUCGAUGUUGUGCAAUUAAUUCUCCCCCUAAUAGACACACACACAGACACAUCCGAGGUUUUCAUAAAUAGUGCAAAAGAUGUCUAUGCAGUCGGAAAUUGGAGAUGCAGAGAUGUAUUUAAGCACAUCGAUGUAUUUAUUUAUGUAUGUUUAAUUAUAAGGCAAUGAGUAUAGACCGCGAGUGGUUUAGUUUUGAAUGUGCCAUACAGGCGAUGCGGUAUCAAAUUCAGGUCAUCAGAAAAUAGUGCGCCAUUCGCCGCCGCAGAAUUCUAUUCAAAUUGUUUCAUAUGUGCAAAAGGAAAGGCAACAAGUAUCCCAUACUGGGAAAUCCCGUUUUCCGUAUGCUAUUGUAUGUGGCGAUCGUGACCCGCGUUGUCCGUUUAUUGAUAUGUGUGUAUGUGUGUAUUUUAUGUAGCAAUGUCGCCAUUGUUGGCUAGAUGCACGGAUUUGAAUGAAUAUAAAAAUAUAAAGCAUGUGGAUUAUUAAAACCAAUCCGAUAGGAA